AUGUCUUCGCUAACGGUCUCAUACAACUUCCGAACAUUCAAAUGCAAGGUUAGCCCUUCUAAAAUUCUCAAUGACGUUCUCAUAGAAAGCUGUGCCCAUUUCAAGCUUGAGCCGAGCCAAUUUGCUCUCAAACACGGGAGUCAGCUGCUGGAUCUGUCUUUGCCCUUGAGACUGGCAAAUUUGCCCCAGGGUUGCAAGUUGGAACUUGUGAAGGCGCCACAGGACACGAAAUCCACUGGAGGAGGCUCAGUUGUGAUAAAGUUGCAGAUAAUGGCUCCAGAAGGCGAUUCAUCCUUCGUUUUGCCUCCGCCUUCCCAGCUGGUGAAGGAAUGCGAUAGCGAUCAGAGUAUUGAGGAGGUCCUGCAGGAAUUUGAGAAAAGUUUGAAUAUACAGCUGCUUCGCAGAGAAGCAAUUGGAGAGUACAAAUACAUCUACGAGCCCAUUGUGCAGAGCAUGAGCAAGACGAUGACAGGAACGUCUGAGCUCAAGCACUCACUAAGAUCGCUAGGUCUUGUGAGCGGAAACCAUACAUUAAGACUGAGAUUUAAGGCAGAAAAACAUGAAAUAAGCCAGCCACGCCCGAUCGGGUCUCGAGACUCAGUUGAGAGCUCUGAACAGCGCCAACGGCCUCCGCUUCCCCCAUCACCAGUGGCAAACUCUAACCCAAUUCAGGUUUACGUUCCAAAUUCAGAACACAACGAAGAUGAAAACGUUGACGAGUCCGUUUACGACAUGUCCAUUGAGCAGGCUAGACUCUACCAAUCUCUGCUUGCCAAAAGAGCACACCCUAAUAGACAGAUGAUGAGCAAAAGACAGCGCGAACAACUUGCUCCUGAAAAGCCUGCAGUCAAAGAAUGCGUGAUCAGAAUCAAAUUCCCUGAUUACACUCAAGUGCAACUUGUUUUGCAACCUGAUGAUACUCUAGGAGAUCUUUAUAACGUGCUCUCUACAAAAGUUGUUCACAUGACCCAAGCACAGAGAGAAAAGCCGCGCCCAGCAUUCCAGCUGUACACGGCCUAUCCCGGACAGGCAAUUCUUACUAGCGCAGAAGAUUUCGGAAAAGAGCUGGUGAAAGACUGUCAGUUUGCACACCGUUCGCUUUUCGUGUACCGGGACGACUUCAAACGUUCGCAGUACGUGAAGGACGAAUAUUUGAAGGCGGCAAAAGGGUUGGACGAGCUGGAGGAGCAAAGCUAG